UUUUUUAGCUCAAAGUCAAACAUUUCUGACUUUAAAAAUUUAGCAAAUUUCCAAAAGUUGAAAAAUUUAAGUUCACCCAAAGUGGGGCAGUUUAGUGGAUCUAGAUAACUCCUGGAUCCAGGUGUGAGGGGUGCAGCUCACUACCAAUAGACUCUUAGAUCACGUAUUGGAAUCAAUGCUUUCUGAUCAGUUUCUUUCAGUUUGUUUCACAGUUUUUCCUUCGACUCCAUCGGGGUGUCUUCACUUUGUCUGAUUUCGCUUGCAGAGGCAGAAAGACAACAGGCUGCGAUACUUCUGGAUAAUUGUGUGUAUUCUCUACUUCAUUACUUGGAUCUCUGCUGCAGAUCUAAUGAAGGGAGAAGAUUGUUAUUUAACCACAUCGGAGAUGUAAUGAGCUUUGUUUUGCCAUUUGCGUCUAAUGUGUUUUGUCAUUUGGCUUCUCCACCAACAGAGAAAGAGCAUCACUUCGGUUUGUCUACUGGUAAAUGUCACUAUUAUGAAUAUUUUUUAUUCUUCUACAGAUAUCCUGAUAAAUGGCUGCUUUUUGAGUAUUUCCAGACCGACUGUGACCAAAUUUGACGUUCAGCCAAAGGAAUCCGAACCACAAGAUCUAUGGAUUGUUGGCAAAAGUCGGUGUAUCUGCAAAUGAAGCGGCAGAGCGGUUUGUGCAGCUGGGGAAGCUUUUGUCCUCUGUUGGAGCGCGACCAUAAUGGUUCCCACUGAGAACACAAGUGUUUUGUCGCCAGAUGACUUCUGCCCCAACUGCAGCUCGUCCGCCCAGUCGGAAGUGCAUCUGGCGAAGGCGGUGGCGUUGGGGGCGGUCCUGGUGGUGUUUCUGUUGUUCGGCGUCCUCGGUAACAUCCUGGUCAUCCUGUCCGUGCUGCUCCAUCACCAGUGGCGAUCCGUGACGCAUUAUUUCAUCGCCAACUUGGCGGCGGCGGACCUCUUGUUGAGUUCGGCCGUGCUGCCGUUCUCGGCCGCCUCAGAGGCGCUUGGCCGGUGGGUGUUCGGACGCUCCUUCUGCAACGUCUGGGCCGCCCUGGACGUCCUCUGCUGCACCGCGUCCAUCCUCAGCCUCUGCGUGAUUUCCAUCGACCGCUAUCUGGCGGUGAGCUACCCCCUGCGCUACCCUGCGAUCGCUACCGGACGGCGCGGCUUGACAGCGGUGGCGGCACUCUGGGGAGUCUCCGCCGCCAUAUCGGUGGGCCCUCUAUUCGGCUGGAAGGAGCCCGACCCGGAAGACGAAACAGACUGCCGCAUCACGCAGGAACCUGGAUACGCCUUGUUUUCCGCAUUGGGGUCUUUCUACAUACCGCUAGCCAUCAUCCUGGCCAUGUACUGCCAAGUCUACACUGUGGCAAGACGAGAAACCAAAAGCAUCAGGGAGAGCACAAAGGGAGAGGAGGUGGAGAUGGGAGGAGUCACGUUGAGGAUGCACAGGGGGAACGCGGCGGCCCAGGCGGGGACACACAAAGACGGCGAGGAGGCGGGGACGCACAAGCGGUCGUCGUUUCCUCUGCCGAAGCUGCUGAGGUUCUCAGGGGAAGAAAAGGCGGCCAGGACUCUUGGCAUUGUGGUCGGCUGCUUCAUCCUGUGCUGGCUCCCCUUUUUUCUGGUUUUACCAAUAGGCUCCAUCUUCCCAUCCUGUAAGCCUCCUGAAACCAUCUUCAAGAUAACCUUCUGGCUGGGUUACCUCAACAGCUGCAUCAACCCCAUCAUCUACCCGUGCUUCAGCCAGGAGUUCAAAAAAGCUUUCCACAACAUGCUGAGAGGGCGCUGCGUAAGAACCGCUGUUCCCGUUACCAAGCAAGGACACGUCGCUGCUCAUUCCUCCAGCCCAGGUCCGACAUCCAACGCAUCCGUUAGCUCCGUCCAAAACCGCGCCACCGCUUCUUCUUCUUCGUGGGCUUGCUGCAGGACGCUGUCAACGUCAUCAUCGUCUGUUGGUGGCCAAGACCCGGAUCGGAUUGGACACGUUCAGGGGAAAGGUCUAUUAAAGGCCUGGUGCCUUUCAGCCCGGCGAACCUCUGUACCACAGAACCGGUCCACAAAUGGGUCAGCUAAAGUCUUACGGCUCUCUCUUGGCAUUUCUGGCGACGCCGUUUAAUUUACUUCUCAGAGUUUGGGACAUUCAGUCUUGUCAUCCAGCCUCCUUGGAGGAACAAUUAUCUACAACUCUGUCGUUAAACGCGAGAUAAAAAUGACUGCAGAAAGAGAAACAUGCAUGCUCAGCAGGAAACUUCUGGACCAGUUCUGCUGUUGGACUGAGCCAAGAACACAAAGAUAGAUGGCAAUUCCAUGAGUGCUUGCCAAGGAUUAACAGAUACAAGCAAUCUGCUAAAAAAGAAAUUGCACAGCAACCAACGGGACGUGAUUGAUCUAAACAGUCUGCAGUUUGCACCAAAGGGAACGUUUGUAAGGAUAAUUUCUACAAAGGAAGCUGUUGUUGGGCUGUGUUAGCUAAGAUUGAAAGAGAAGCAUUUCAAACGACAAUGUUACAACAGAAACGUUCGGUGCCUUGUUUUCACACUCAUUUGUCAGGCUAUUGCCACAAACCCAAACAUGUUUGAUGUUGGGAUCCAAUGUGACAGAACAUCAUGAAGUAUAAGCCCAGCUGUACUCUGAUAGCGUCAGAGGUUUGAGAGAGAACAUUAGUGAACUUUAGCGCCAAAAUUAAGACUAUUGUGCACCCAAAGGUGGCUACUUCCUUGUCACAGGAAAUUAUAUCGAGUCUAAAGCCAAUUACUGGUCUGAAUAAUGAUAAACAAUGUUACUGGCAUGUAUGCUAGUUGUUAGCUUCUGCAAAGCUAACUUAAGUGAUUACUCUCCUUCUCAUUUGCUCAUUACUAGCUCCAGUCUAUAAUCAGAUCAGUUGAUGGGUUUAUUUAGGAUAUAAACUUUCACAACAAGGACGUAGCCACUGCUGCCUCAGCAAUAGUCUUAAUUUUGGCCCCAAUGACGCACCAUAUUCAACAAAUCGCAUCAUGAAGACCAAGAAACAGAUCAGGCAGGUCAGGAAAGAAGCCAGAGAAGUUAUAGGGUGUUUUCACACCUGAUAGUCCAGCAGGUUUGGUUUGAUUGGAACAUUUGUUCAAUUUUCAGCUGCUGUGGUUGUUAUUCACACUGCACUGUGUCCAACAAGCCAAACAAAUCCAAAAAGAUGUUCCCCUCCUCGCCUGUGGGGGCGCUGCACAAAGAACCACUGAAGGAAACGACACGAAAACCUCAAGAGAAGACAUUGAGCGCAACUUCACAACACGUAAACAAAAAAAAAGCAGUCGUAGGAUUUCAUUUUUGUCUUUGGUAAAAGUUGUUUUUCCUGCUAGCGCUACAAUCACAUGUUUGUUUGUUUUAGUUGUGUUUACCCAGAAUGCAAUGCAGUGUAGUUCACUUCCUGAUUUUGGAGUGGUCUCCAGUCCACUUAGUUCACAUACAAAUUUGAACAACAACAGAAUUUACUUUAACCGAACUGAGACCAAAGUUCAUAGGUGGACCAGAGUUCGAUUUCGCGUUCGCUUCCCCAAACGAACUAAACUUUGCAGAAACUAGAUUACAAAACACAAUGGUAUGAAUUCACCCUUAGUGUCAGUUUGAGUUGUUUGUAAAAAACAUCAAUGAGCAACCGACGUCUCUAUCCUUCACUCCUAUAUGUUAAAUCCUCACACAUUUUGCGCGAGAGCAGCUAAUAAACCAAGAUUUCUAAACGCACAAGGCUUGCUAGCUUGAGAAUUGGGUUUGAAUGUUGAAAACAUUUUCAAAAUGUUCUUAUGAGAGUUUAACAUGAGCCUAAAGUGGAAACUCUGUGCUUUCAUUUCACUCUACCCACACCAAAUUAAAAGGAGGAGAUUGGAAAUUAUAGUUUUGUAGUCAUUUGACGAAUGCACGAUAAAUUUUUUGUUACUCCGUUUUCACUCCUCGAGUUUUGAAACAGUCUGAUCAAAUAAGUAUUCUCUCUAGUGAUACACGUUGCCAGGUUUAAAAUAUUCUGAAGUUACCCAGAACUUGCUUCGUUUUGUGAAGAAGAAAAAAGGUUCAUUUUUAUUUUUCAAGUCAAUAUAAGAGCAGCUCUUGUAGUGGUGAAAGCUUCAAAGCACUGCUAGCCUAAACUGAGCGUGUCCAUCAUGUCUGCAUCUGAUUUUUGCCUUUACAGCUGGUUUCUUGAGUGAUUGUCUUGAAAUUAAGUCAAGAAGUGUCACAUCUGACUCCAUCAGUUUGGCUAUUAUUCAUGGAAAUAAAUGCACAAGCCUCCUAUUAGACAUUCAGCUCUCAUUUUUCGAGAAGCAGCGGAUCCAAAGGGUGACACCGCAGCCGUCGCAUUAAGGCAACGGCUGUCGUGAUGAAUGGAACCGGGCUCCCGUUACUGGAAAGACGGGCUUUAACCCAAUCAGUCGACUGGAAUGUGAAGUCAUCACAAAGGGUGAUUUAUGAUGAAUAAUGUCGAGGCAGCAGAGCGACGCAGAUGACGUGGAUUGAAACUGAAUCGGGAGGCUCUGGUUUGUGUCAAGCUGGAAGUCUGUUCCUGCUACAGAAUAUCAAAGUUUCUCUGAGUCAAUUAAUGUGAAAUUUUUAUUGAUAAAAAAAAAAACCCUACUUGAUUUGAUGACUUGUAAAAAUCAUUUUCUUUUGUGAAAAUGUGCAAAAAUGGACAUUCUUUGUUUGCCACACAGGAAAAACACCAAAUCCUAUCAAGAAUUUUUGUCUUGUUUAUAGUGCAAAUAUCUUACUACAUGUUAAAUAAGACAUAACUAAGUUUUAGCAAGAUAUAGGAGCUUAGUAAGUAAGUCAAUAAUUAUUGAAUAUUGAUCAAAAGUACUGGUCCUACCAGCAGAUUAUUUCACUUGUAGGAAAAUGUCUUGUUAUAAGUUGAACUAGUAUUUUUUGAAAAAUAAAUUUUAAGGAAUUGUUGACUUAAAACAAACUUACAAAAUUAACUUUCUUUUACUUUUAUCUUUUUAAGAUAUUUGUACUAGAAAUACUUUUGCUGUAUUUGCAGCAUAUUUCAUGUUGUGGAAAGAAUUAUCCUGAUAAAGUUACCAAA